AUGCUCGCCAAGCAGCGCACGAUGGUACGAGACCAAAAUCUGGCCGUCUUUGAGUUGCUGACGGGGAUCCAGGCCGACUUUGAGAGGCGAGGCUUGAGCUCAGACCUGUGGCAGCGCUGGGUGGGCGAGUGGACGGAGCUUCUGUACUCUCUCGGCGCGCACGACAGCGACGAGGCUCUCAUCGGACCUGGCGCAUUGCAUGUAAUCCGGCGGCUUUGCCUUGGGGGCGAGGCAACUCGCGAGGACCGACGGGACUUGGCAAAGGACGCACCAAUCCUGCGACGCAUCCUAGAUUCGUGCGGAGGGCUCACAUUCCCGGCCUUCUUCAUGCGUGUGCUCUACCACCUCUACCUGCUCGUACUCUUGGCUCAGGGGGGGACGGGAUUCGAGAGCGAAGGGCGGCGGGGCUGGGUGCACGAGGCAAUCGAUUCAUUCAAGCGAGCGGUUGACCUUCUUACGGAAGCUCGAGCGCGUCCCUUGAGCAUCGAUGAAAGGCGACACUUGGACGAGGCGCGAGGGCUGGCGAACGAGCUGCUCCCAGGGGUCGAAAGAGAGAGGCUGGGGCGCGACGAGGAGGGACACGAGUUGCACCCGUUGCCGGCGGGGCACGCUUUUCGAGCCGAGCAGGACGUCUUGGCGUGCUAUCCAUUCCCUGGUUGGGAGGAGAAGCGGGGGUUGCCGUGGUACAGCAGCUUCGAGCAUCCGGACGGCCGCAGUAAGAGUUCGGAAGAGAACAAGUGCGCAACGGGGAAGUUGAUGACCGAGUGGGAUGCUGAGAACGUUCCUGGGCUGGUGAAGGGAGCCGGAAAGCCCUCGGGAUUGAAAAAGGGAAGCAAGAGCAAGCGGCCAAAGAGGACUAGGGGGGGUUACGUUUUUGCGUGCCCGCAUCGGGUCAUCUACGGCUUUCACAUCAUGCUUCGAGGAGAGAGUCCAAGGGACGCCUUUGUCGUGCUCUACACUCGGCUAAGGCGGGAGGACUUGCCAGAGGUUCUGGUGCAUGACAACAGUUGCGCCUUGCGCAACUACUGCUUCCGCAGGGAACCGGCGCAUUUUGCCAAGGUUCGGUUUGUCGUCGACAGGUUCCACUUUUCAAAGGCCGGGUCGGAGGUACACAAGUGCGGCCCCUCAAAUUGCCCGGACAGCUAUCCGUCGCUCCACUGGGUAAACACCAGUGCAGUGGAGUCGGUGAACUCCUUUUUGAAGGGGUUCAGGAGUCUAGGAUGGUACUCGGGGCUCGAGAGUUUCAUGGUGAUCCUGCCUCUGCUCUUGGGAGGCUACAAUAGCGCUUUGAGGCGGGUCGACGAUGCCAAGCUUAGCAUUGCAAUUGCGGUAGCCGUGUGGACGGUGGGGGUGCGCGCUCAAUUGUUGCAAGGAUAA